AUGAGUUUUCAGACCCUCAAAGGACAGCAAGGCUUAAAUAAAGAGGACUUUCCUCAAGUUGAUCACAAGGACUCCUCAGAAGACCAUCUUGGCGAAAUUUCCGAGCCAGAAAGCGAAUUAGAGCGCAGAAAUACCAACAGUGAUCCUCGGAACGCAACCCUUAAACGGCCACUAUUUGUAAGGAUUGAUGGCGAAACCUCGCGCAAAAGACAAAGAACUCCGAGGGAGCAGCACCUACACAGUUCACAGACAUCUUCAUUCCAGGAUCGCCCACAACCGGCGAACUCAGCUACCCAGGACGUAAAUGGCACCAUUGGCUGUGCACCUGGCACACAGGAUCGUAAACUGACACCUCGAUCAAAACCAUCCGCCCAAACUGCCAAUCGACCUAAAGGGUCCACGCAAGAUAGCAGACUCAACUUUCCGGUUGUAAAGAAUGCUAAUAAUCCCAGAUCAGUUUUGCAAAUCAGCCAGGAAGGGGAUUUUACUCCAAAAGCAACAGCGGACACCCUCACGACUCGGGAAAGCCCAAUAUCGUCCAAAACUGUCGCCAAAUCUUCUCGAAAAGCGCACACAGGGACAUCUUCGCAGCUGCAAUCAUUUUCUACGGAUACUUGCUCAGAAAUCUAUAGCUCGCCCGUAUAUGAGCUCGCAUCGAAUAUUCACCAGUCGUUUGACAUUCCCCCCGAAACACGGAUAUGCUGUUUUCGAGCUCCUUGUCCCACUCCCGAUGAAGUCUUAUCAACGCUCAAUGAUUAUGGUUAUCCAUCUGCCAUCUACCAGAAAGCCUAUUAUAGCGAUGAGAAGGAUGUGCCUGACCGACCACGCGAAUAUGCGGGCCGUGAGUUUCGCCUGGAAGGGAGCAGCAUACACUACCUUCCAGACUUUGAUCCUUCAGGGAAAUCUCCAGCGAUGCUUGGCGAGUACGGUGCCGUUUCAGUUGAUCGGGAUAGCCAAGGAGUGGUCGAUCAGCAACUACGGGAAUCCACUUCCUGUAGAGUCUGGGAAUUUGCGCCUGUUCCACCCAGACGCUCGGAGGUCGUGGAAUGGUUUGAGAAUAUGAUGACCGAUUUGAAAUCUCAACCAUUACAAACAAAUGAAGCCGGGAUCGAAUCAAACCUGAAACCUAAUGUACUUUCCCAAAUUGAGGGUCCCACGCAAAAGGACCAUAGCACCAAAUAUCCUUCCAAAGGUCAGUCUACAUGCGUGGAACACCAAAAUCAAUUUAUGAACAUAAUGAGCCUGGAACUCCAUGUGAACAGCCGUGGGUUGCUUUCGCCAAACCCCGAGGAGGACGAGGUUUCGUGCGUCUUUUGGUGCAUCCAGUCAGAAGAUGAGGACCUUGACCCCAACGGUAACAUCCCUGGCGUCCAUGUGGGAAUGAUAUAUCAAGGAGAAGGUGAAGUACCAGAGACAAAGAUUGUUCGGGCUUUGAAAAUCGAGACGGACAGGCAAACCACCGAACUUGACCUUAUCAACCGGGUGGUGGAUGUCGUCAGAUAUUACGACCCAGAUAUCAUCACCGGGUAUGAAGUCCACAAUAAUUCUUGGGGCUACCUGAUCGAGAGAGCACGGAAGAAGUACGAUUUUGAUCUAUGCAAUGAGCUAUCGAGGGUGAAAUCUCAAGCCCACGGAAGAUUCGGCAAAGACAGUGACCGCUGGGGCUUCAACCACACCUCUUCAAUCCGAGUAACAGGUCGGCACAUGAUCAAUCUCUGGCGAGCUAUGAGGAGCGAGCUUACCUUGCUGCAAUACUCGAUGGAGAAUGUUGUAUUCCACGUCCUGCAGCGCCGGAUACCUCAUUACUCAUUCCGAGACCUGACAGCAUGGUACCAGAGCGGGAAACCCCGUAACCUCAUGAAACUUGUCAGUUACUACGCAUCUCGUGUGCAAAUGAACCUAGAGAUCCUGGAGUCAAACGAAUUGAUAACACGAACCAGCGAACAAGCAAGACUGCUGGGCGUCGAUUUCUUCUCAGUCUUCUCCCGAGGUUCACAGUUUAAAGUCGAAUCUCUGAUGUUCCGAAUCGCAAAGCCUGAGAACUUCAUGCUUGUCUCUCCGAACAGGAAGCAAGUCGGUCAACAAAAUGCGCUUGAAUGUCUCCCAUUGGUUAUGGAGCCUCAGAGCGACUUCUACACAAGCCCUCUCGUUGUACUUGAUUUCCAAUCCCUAUAUCCUAGUGUCAUGAUCGCGUAUAAUUACUGUUACUCAACCUUCUUGGGAAGAGCACGUCAAUGGCGAGGUCGGGAUAAGAUGGGCUUCAUGGACUACGGACGACAACCACUACUUCUGGAAUUACUCAAGGACAAGAUCAACAUUGCACCAAAUGGCAUGGUCUACACAAAACCCGAAGUGCGAACAUCCCUCCUCGCAAGAAUGCUCACGGAGAUCCUGGAAACUCGCGUGAUGGUUAAAACGGGCAUGAAACUGGACAAAGACGACAAAAAAUUACAACGUCUUCUCAACAACCGCCAGCUAGCUCUCAAGUUGAUCGCAAACGUCACAUACGGUUAUACCUCCGCCUCGUUCUCGGGCCGCAUGCCCUGCUCAGAGAUAGCAGACAGCAUCGUUCAAACUGGACGAGAGACACUCGAGAAAGCCAUCGCCCUGAUACACUCCGUGGAAAGCUGGGGCGCUGAGGUCGUCUACGGAGAUACAGACAGUCUCUUCGUUUACCUUAAGGGCCGAACACGCGAAGAAGCCUUCGACAUCGGCGAAGAGAUAGCAAGAACCGUCACUGACAUGAACCCACGUCCUGUGAAACUAAAGUUCGAAAAAGUCUACCAUCCAUGCGUUCUCCUGGCCAAAAAACGCUACGUCGGGUUCAAAUAUGAACACCGCGACCAGAAAGAACCCGAGUUCGACGCAAAGGGCAUUGAAACAGUGCGUCGCGACGGUACACCAGCGGAACAAAAAAUCGAAGAAAAAGCCCUCAAAACCCUCUUCCACACUGCAGACUUAAGUCAGGUCAAGAGCUAUUUCCAGAAACAAUGCAUGAAGAUUAUGCAAGGCAACGUCUCCAUUCAGGACUUCUGUUUCGCAAGAGAAGUACGACUCGGGAAGUAUAGCGAACGAGGCCUCCCUCCGCCCGGUGCACUCAUCAGCACUAAGAAGAUGCUCGAGGACCCGCGCCUCGAACCUCAAUACGGAGAACGAGUUCCCUACGUCGUCGUCACUGGUGCUCCAGGGUCAAGACUAAUCGACAGAUGCGUGGCGCCCGAGACCCUCCUAAACGACGCCCAAGUAGACCUCGACGCGGAAUACUACAUCACAAAGAACAUCAUCCCACCUCUCGAACGGAUCUUCAACCUCGUAGGCGCCAAUGUCCGCCAGUGGUACGACGAAAUGCCCAAAUUCCAUCGUAUCCGCCGUGUCGAAGGAAUUCCAAAUGCACCCUCAUCUUCAUCCUCAUUAACUCUACCACAAACAAUCGGCAAAACCCUCGAAUCCUACAUGAGAUCAUCCCUCUGCUUCGUUUGCAAAACCAACAAAAUCUCCGAAUCGACUAAUGCCAGUCACAAGAACCUCCCGCUUUGUAACAACUGCCUCCAAACACCGCACAUCUCUCUCUUCGCUCUGACUUUGCGCAGACAAGUAUCCGAGAAGCGCGUUCUGGAUCUUCAUCGUAUCUGUCGUUCGUGCAUGGGCGUUUCUUUUGGUGAUGAUGUGAAUUGUGACAGUAAGGAUUGCCCGGUUUUUUACUCGAGGACAAGGCAUAUGGCGAAUUGGAGACACGCGAGGGUAGUUUUGGAUCCGGUUGUGAAGGCGUUGCAGGAUUGGGGCGAUGAUGAUUUUGUUGGGAGUGAAAAUGGGAGUUUGGAUUGGUAGAACAGUGUUUCCCCUACAUAUCUUGGGCUAUAUUGGUAUAUGAGUGACAGGCGUUUGUUCAAUCUUGGUUUUUGGCAUCUGGCCAUUGGAUUGGAAUUGACAUAUUAGAUUUCUGGGGUAACAAUUGUCUUCGUAUACAAAUAAUACACAAACUAUGGAUGUUUAAAAUGCC